CAAACAGGUGGGGCAACCACAACCAGACCCACCUUGAACAGAUCGGGCAAGUACCUUAACACGCGCGAAUUACGCGCGAUACUUUGAUUAUGACGCGUCUUCAUACACCCAACCCUACCUUACCUCCAUUGCAUCAUGAAGUUGAUUCAGCCUCACCAGAAAUAUCAUCAAGGGAAUGUGUCAAAAACGCCCAUGGCAGUAAAUCUGCGGGGCUAAUCCCGAAUUAUUGACGGCUCAACGCGCCGACGAAUUGCAAGAAAAAAAAAAAAACAACCUGCCCGAGCCGAUUCCCCAGGUUUUGAUAAAAUCCCUCUCUCGCCAAAACGCACGCACCACGCGUCGCCGCCUUUCACUCACACCCCCGGAAAGAGGACGAUGGAUAUGUUCCACAACUUCCGAGAAACAUUUUUCGGCACACCACGGUCCCAUACACCGGCACCCAUGGAUUUGAACUUGGAUAACGUCCCAGCCACUGCGCCGCAGCGCAAGCGCAAGACCUACGACGACCUGCAAUACACCUCCUCGCGCAUGCAGACCACGCGGGGUUACGGCAGGGCGUCGCGCCGCCGGCACGACGCCUCAAUGUCGUCCCCGCUGGACGCUGUCUCUGCCGAGAGCUCUCGCUUGAGCUUUGUUAGGCACUCUCAAGUGACAGUUACGGUACCAGAGUCGCCGCACAAAUCCACCGUCGCGGCCAAAGCCGACGAAAGCAUCGUCGUCGCGAGCGACAUAAAUGAUGCCCAAGAUGAAGACGGCGCAGACGAAAAUGUCGAUGAGCCCGACGCCGCCAAUGACGUCAACAUGCCACCGCGCGCCGGCAGUGUCGAGCUUCUAAGCAGCCCUUCCCGCCCAAAUCGUGCAACCGGACUCCCGAAACGCGGAUCUGCCAGACUUCCAACUCCGGAAAUCCUCGAGUCCAGAGGUUCCCGAAGGUCUGCCACAGACGAGCCCGAGCAAAGCCAUCAAAGCUCGAAUGCGCAACCUGAGGCAGAAGUUGGCGAGGAUGGCAGUCAGGACAAGUUUGUGCGGCAAGAGUCUGAGCCCGUCAAUCCUGCCCGCACAUCUGAACACGACGGACAAGUCGCAGAACGACACAACAGUACCGACGUUAAUGACGAGGACGUGGUUGAGGAUGAGCCAGUCGAAGCAAUCGCGCCCUCACCCACAAAAGCCACGACUCCCAGACCAGAAUCGACUCGCGACGAUAACCGGGAGGAGUUCCCCGAAAUGCCCGACGACGGCAUCGUUCUCCUGCAGCCCGACUCGGAGGCGAUGCCGAUAGUCCUUUACGACGACGUGAGCAACGAAAGAUACACCAUCCAGGCCAUCCUCAAGCACCGACCCAACAAGCACGUUAAGCACUCAUUCGACCUCCAGAUAAGCUGGGUGGGCUACAAGGAGACGACAUGGGAGCCCGAGCGGAGCAUCCAAGCCCAGGCCCCCGAGCUCCUCUACAAAUACUGGAGCGACCUCGGCGGGCGGCCUGAGACGGGCGCCUUCAGGGUCUUUAUGAUACUGAGGCACUUCACGGAUCCCGAGGCGACCAAAGGGAGACGAGGUCGGCCAAGCAAGAACAAGCAGCCGGAGACACAGGCACCUGCCGCCGCCGGCUCGAUCACAGGCAGGGUCAAGACCAAGACCCAGUACGAGGUGCAGUGGGAAGGUUAUCCGAAUGAGAAGAAGUGGAACUCGGUCGAAACCGACAUGCGAUUGUCAAAGAUAGCGCCUGAAGAAUUGGCUGUUUAUUGGGAGCAUUUCGAGUCCCAAUCCAAGGGCGAAAACACAGAGUAG